AGGCAUCAGCAGCCCAUGUCGGGAAACAGAAGAAAAUGGAUGGAGAUGGAGGUGGGAGGGGCCUAGCCCGGCUGACGUCAGCGGCUGUGUGGAGGAGUAUAGGCUGUGCUGUCAGCCCAGUGUCAGUCUGAUGAAGAUUGGCAUGCAGGAUUUGUCUGAAGAUUUGGACACCUGGUGUGGGCCAGCUAAAUUCUCGAUGUAAAGCUGUCCCAUGAUGCAACAUGCGUCCCCAGCACCUGCAGUGACAAUGAUGGCCACCCAGAGUGUUCCUCCACCAUCAUACCAGGAGAGCCAACAGAUGACGGGCACCACCCCCCAGAACAACAAGACUACACAGGUCCAUAUUCCAGCUGCCUCAGCAGCAGGAAACAGCUCGGUCAGCGUCACCCUUGACAACCAGACCCAGCUCGAGUCCGACAAGAGGGCAGUUUACCGUCAUUUUCAAAGACAUCCAUUAUUCCCCCUGUUGGCGCUGCUCUUUGAGAAGUGCGAGCAGGCUACCCAGGGAUCCGAAUGCAUCACCUCAGCCAGCUUUGAUGUAGACAUCGAAAACUUUGUCCACCAGCAAGAACAAGAGCACAAACCUUUCUUCAGUGAAGACCCAGAGCUGGACAACUUGAUGGUAAAGGCCAUCCAGGUGUUGAGGAUCCACUUGUUGGAGUUAGAGAAGGUCAAUGAACUCUGCAAGGACUUCUGCAAUCGUUACAUCACUUGCCUCAAGACCAAGAUGCACAGCGACAACCUCCUCCGGAAUGACCUCGGAGGUCCCUAUUCUCCGUCCCACAACAGUCUCAGUUUACAGCAGGAACUAAUUCAGACCUCCUCUCCAUCCAUGACCUCUGUCUCCAGCUCUGCAAACCCUUCAGGGAUUGUGGUGCCAGAAGGUCUGCAGCAGAGCAGCAUCGCCAUGACGGCCAUCAAUUCACCUGUGGUGUCAGGUGGGACCCUGUACCAGUCAGUUGCCAUGGUGACAUCACAAGGGCCAGUGUUAACGCAGGCGCUACCGACAGGAACUAUCCAGAUUCAGAACUCACAGGUGAACAUGGAUCUGACAUCCCUGUUGGACAGUGAAGACAAGAAGUCCAAGAACAAAAGGGGGGUGCUGCCCAAACACGCCACGAAUAUCAUGCGCUCUUGGCUCUUCCAGCACCUCAUGCAUCCAUACCCAACAGAGGACGAGAAGAGACAGAUCGCAGCACAAACAAGUCUCACCCUUUUGCAAGUGAACAAUUGGUUCAUUAAUGCCCGCCGGCGUAUCCUCCAGCCCAUGUUGGAUGCCAGUAACCCAGACCCAGCUCCCAAAGCAAAGAAAAUGAAGUCGCAGCAUCGCCCAACACAACGCUUCUGGCCGGACUCCAUUGUUGCUGGAGUACUGCAGACCCACAGAUCCCAGACGGGAGGCAAUUCAGAGAACCCCCUGAGCAUGGACAGUCUCCAAUCCCUGUCCUCAGACUCAGCAACUCUGGCCAUACAGCAAGCCAUGCUCGGUGCUGACGACUCCAUGGACGGCACAGAGGAUGAGGACGAGGAGGAGGAAGAAGAUGAAGAGGAUGGGAUGGAGGACGAGGAGGAUGAGGAGGAUGGAAGAGAGGAUCACGACAGGGGGAGGCAACUGUCCAGGGAAAGAGGGAGGAGAGAUCUAAGCUUGGGGCCCACAGAGGAACUGGACUAAGGGCUUCAUGACCUUUGACCUUGGCUGUCAGCUUCACACAGCCCAUUCUUGUAGAACCACUCUGCAAAGCCCCAGCGUUUAAGGCCAUAUCAGGUCUUCAGAGACUUCUGUGGAACCUGUCAGAAACAUUUGUCUUAACCCUCAUGACUGUAGACACAUUUUAGUUUAGUGUUUUUGCUUUGGGGUUGUUUUUUAUUCACAGUGAGCUGUUUGAAUUUGUGGGAAACAGCACACUUCUGUACUCCAUGGUUCUGUUUUCCAUGACAUAAAAUUGCACAGAAACUAAAGAGUUGAAGAGAUUGUUGUCAGAUUUUUUUAGAGCAUUAUUAGCCUGUUUAAAGAUUUGUUGCAUGCUGUCAGAAAAACGGGACAUUUUGAAAUGCUGCACAGGACAAUGACGACAUGUAUUAAAGAUUCAUCGACCUUUGUACAGGAAGGUGUGUGGAAACCGCUGUUUAAGCGAAUGUAUUAUUGUGGCAUCUGAAUUACCAGAAAAAAGGGCUGUAGUCUUUUUGUUAACAGUUUACAGGAAUACACGAUUUCACUCUGGAGCCAGUGUGGGAUUUCACUUUGUAAAAUCUGUUUCAAGAAGAGGGAAGUGGCUGUUGGAGAUGGCGUCCUCUGCUGGACAUCCUUCCGAUCUAUUAGGGGGCUCUGAUUUUGGGUUCACACCACAAAGCGGUGCGGAACGGAGGCACUUCCAUUGGGCGCCGUUGUUAACUUAUGGUGUUACACCAGACGCAAAGCGCAGUGCAGCGAUCGUUUCUCCGUCAGUUCUGUUUUUUGUUGGAGUGAUCCGUGUCAAUCCUGAAAGGAAGUCACACCAAGACACACGAGAAAAUUGGGUCAAUUUUCAAAAUAUAACCAAAUUUUCACAAUAAGAUACCAUGAUUAAAAAAAUAUGAUCGCAUUUGUCAAUCUAAACAGACUGAAGAGAUGAAAAUACAGUAAACACACAAAAAACAAACACACACAUACAGAUCAAUGUAGUGGGCUGACAAUAAAGCGGGGGGGCGUGGUUUUUGGUGUCUAAAAACACAAUCAACGAGACAGAGAGCAGUUGGGGACAAAGUCAAGAUGAACGAUGUCAAAUUAAUUGUAGAAGCUCUAAAUAACCACAGCUGAGCAGAAGCGCCUGGCCACUGUCACGAAAAAACACGCAAGUGGUGUGAACUGGAGGUGAAGCGGAUUCCACCCAGACAUCGCUUCACGUCGUGUGGUGUGAACCCAGCAUGAGUUUAAACAGCACUCUCAGUACGUUUCUUCCUCAGAGUGAAUCUCUUCAUUCAUUUGCAAGCAUAACAUUCAAAUGUCUUUUUCUACAGUGAAACACUAAAAAGUAGAACACAGACACUGACUGCACAUAUGAUGAGUAUGUCAGACUUUUCUUACAUUUAGAUUCUGACGCUAAAGAUUUGCAUAUUUAUUCAGUUUCUGUGAACGUAUGUGUGCGUGUGUGCCCUCAGAACGUAGCUCAAAGAAGAACUCCGUUUCUAAUCAUGGUUAUUAAACCAGGUGGCAGCCAUGUACAUACUGUACAUGCAUGACACUAAUCAUGAACUCUGAAAAAAUGCCUCAGACUUUUGGUGAGUUUAAGGGAUUGUGCUGGUCACCACAAACUGAUGUCCUAAAAUAUCAGAACACUGGAGCAUUGACUGUAAAUAGAGUACUGGAUAGAGCUGGUAUGAUGUCACACAUAGAAAAAUGCCUUACCUCCAGCUCCAGCAAAAUGAAGCCAAUUCAGUCACCAUUUUCCAGGAUAUGGACGUCGCCAUGUUGGAGCCAGAUGACAGUGAUUGGUCCGAGUCGGUCUGCAUCAAUGUUUCUAUGGAAACUGCUGUCACCAAACAUGAGUGAGCUUGUUCAAAGCCCACACUCCUUCCACUGAAACCAGCUCGGGACAAUCUGUCAAUCAGGAGCCAGUGCUUUUACUGUGACAUCUGAUUGGUUAUUUUAUAUCUUGAAAAAGUUGUGAUAAAGAAAAAAUGUCUUAUAAGAAAAUAGGAUUAGCAAGAAGAUGUUAAGAUAAAUAUAUCAGACCAAGAACGCUUAUUCUGUCAAAUAAAAUGAGUACAGGCUGUUUAUUUCUUCAUAGAAGUCUAUGGGAUUUGGGCUUCCUGGAGCCAGCAUGUACUUCCUGUUUGGAAUGUGAGGGGGGAGGAGUCACUCAGCCCAGUUCUCUAUGUACAGUCAUUACUUCGGAGCCAACUUUUUUGUUUUUUUACAAGAGAUGCCCUUUUGAGGAAAACAUAAAGGUAGACAAAAUAGACUUGUCUCCUCUUCCAUUUUCUACAAAAAUACUCCAAGAAACAGUGCAUUUGUCCUUUCUUUUUGUUUGUCAAAAACAGUUUAAAAACCCUCUCAUUUUAAAUGUGAAUUUGUCUUUAAAAAAAGUCAUGUCAUGCCGAGUUUCGCAGUUGUUCGGUGUGGAGUAUGUUUCUCAUGAAUAUUCUUUUCUCAGUUGCCUUCUUAAUGGAUCUUCCACAGCAAAAAAUUCUAUUUUGUUUGUACACUUUGUUGUCAAAAUCUAUUGUGUUCCAAUACACCGAUUUUAAUAAUUAAAUCUUUCUCAUUUUCUCAUA